AUGUCAUUUUUACAAAAUUUAAAUACACAUAGUUUAAGAACCACAAGAGGAUUUAAAUUGAAACAAACAUCACCCAUUUCAAGUCCUCAACCAAUUUCUAAUUCUGUCUUCCCCCAUAGUCCUUCAAGGAUCCCAGAUCAAUAUUCUUCUCAGGUUGAUUUACAACAUCCAAGAAAUUCUUAUCAAACACCUCAACAAUCACCUCAACAACCUUAUCAAACAAUAAAUUUACAAAAUGGUGGACAAGGUCAAAAUGUAACUUCUCAUAAAGAUAUCAGAAAUUUUGCUGAACAAACUUUAGGAUCACAGAAUGCUUUAGCUCAAGCAGUAAAACUACCUGAAGAUGAAGAUUUAAAUGAAUGGUUAGCUGUUCACGUAGUUGAUUUUUAUAAUCAAAUCAAUAUGUUAUAUGGGGCUAUAACAGAAUUUUGUUCUCCUAAAACAUGUCCAAGAAUGAUUGCUACAGAAGAAUAUGAAUAUUUAUGGCAAGAAACCAAUCCUAGUUCUAAUGGUAUACAAUCAUCUCCUAAAAGACCAAUUUCAUUACCUGCUUGUGAAUAUACUGAAAAUUUAAUGAAUUGGAUUCAAGGUUUUUUCGAUAAUGAUAAUAUUUUCCCUUCUAAAAUGGGAGCUCCUUUCCCUCAACAAUUCCCAUCUUUAGUUAAAACUAUUUUCAAAAGAUUAUUCAGAAUUUAUGCCCAUAUCUAUUGUCACCAUUUCCAUGAGAUUUGUGAGUUAGGGUUACAAUCUCAUCUUAAUACAAGUUUAAAACAUUAUGUUUUAUUUAGUAAGGAAUUUGGUUUGAUUCAACAAAAGGAUUAUGGUCCAUUGGAAGAUUUAGUUGAAUCAAUGUUACAGGGUUAA